AUGGGUAAAGAGGGCACAAACACAAACAGAAAAAGAAAGCUAGAAGUCGACUUUUCCUGUGAAGGACUAAGUCAGACAAAGAAGCCGAGAUUGAGCGAGGAGAAUUUAAUCCUCUCAACAUUCAGAGAGAAUUUCCCGGAAAAAUUCCAAAAAUUCGAGAUGAAAAUGAAAACCUCUUCUGAAUCAUCUUUUUCGAAACCCUCUGAUGAGACUCCAAACUCCAAACCCUCUGAUGAGACUCCAAACUCCAAACCAACAGAGGAAAUCUCAAAUAACUCGACCAUCUCAACCUCCAAACCCACAGAUGAGGAUUCAGCAAAUCAGGAGAUUGAUUACUCCCCCCAGUCUCCUGAAUUAUUUCUUCCAGCUCCAACAACGCAUGAAUAUUUAUUGCAGCCGGAGCUCUUAGCACUGUCUGAGUUGGUCAACUCCAUGAGAGUCGACCUUUUACAAACAUCCACGUUAAUUAAUUAUAUACAAGAUUAUCUAAGCAGAUUGGAUUUUAGAAAAUAA